AUGGGUGGUUAUUUAUCUCAACAAUGUCUCAAUGAAACAACUGACUUCAGAUUUCCCACGGAGAUUACCAAGAUCACACAGAACAGCAGAGUGAUCAUCUACGAGUUCCUCCAACAUAUCUUCCAACUAUUUAGCAAGAAUCUUCCUAUUGAUGCUUGGAAUACAAGCAAGAUUGAGAAAUUCCAAAAUGGAAUUCAUCAUCAAAUUGAAGAGUUGGAGACAUGUCUGUCAGAAGAGCAAUCAAAAGUAAGAAACAACUUUCAAACAUGGAUCCUUAAAAGCUCUACAUACAGCAUAAAAAAGUACUUUCAAAGAAUCACCAGUUUCCUACAAGAUAAGCAAUACAGCCACUGUUCCUGGGAAGCAGUCCAAAUGGAACUAAUCCUCCUGUUUUCAAGCAGCAGAAACCUACAAGGAACCAUACACCCUAAUGAAGAUGCAAGACAGAAUCAUGCAAAAUUGAAAGUGUUCUUCUGUGAACAAGAGCACCAUGGCAAGCAGGGACAAUCAUCCCUGUGGAUGGUCAGUCUGACCUCUGCAGGAAUCAUAUUGCAGAAGGUACGAGGGAGAGAACUGCCCACUGUAAAGGUUUGGAGAAGAUAG